UGCGUCAGAGCAGCACGUUCCGUGGAUACACAGCCUGUCCAUCUUCAGGCGCUCUGCACGUUUACACUUUAGCUGAGCUACAGCUCUGGUUUGUUCGCGUCCAGUCACCACGUUGUUCCGCAGACUUUUCUCCAGAGUCGUCUGCUAUUCCAACAUGGGGAAAAGAAGCAGACAGCGGCAGAAAAACCAGAAUGCUGGCAGGGACAACAGAGACACCGCUGGUUGGGGAGCUGGGUAUGCUGACAUUAUCAAGGAGAACAAGCUGUUUGAGAACUACUAUAAGGAACUAGGUCUGGUACCUGAGGGGGAGUUUGAACAGUUCAUGGAAGCAAUGAGGGAACCUCUGCCAGCAACCAUCCGCAUCACUGGAUACAAGAGCCAUGCCAAGGAGAUCCUUCAUUGUCUGAAGGAAAAAUAUUUCAAGGAUAUUCAGGAGCUCGAAAUCGAUGGUCAGAAGAUCGAAGCUCCACAGCCUCUCAGCUGGUACCCUGAUGAGCAGGCCUGGCACACCAACAUGAGCAGGAAGAUCAUAAGGAAGUCUCCCCUGCUGGAGAAGUUCCACCAGUUUUUGGUCAGCGAGACAGAGUCGGGCAACAUCAGCCGACAAGAAGCUGUCAGCAUGAUCCCUCCAAUACUUCUGAAGAUUGAGCCCCAUCACAAGAUCCUGGACAUGUGUGCAGCUCCAGGCUCGAAGACAGCCCAGCUGAUCGAGAUGCUUCAUGCUGACAUGGAUGUGCCGUUUCCAGAGGGCUUUGUCAUUGCAAAUGACGUGGACAACAAGCGGUGCUACUUGCUCGUGCACCAGGCCAAGCGGCUCAACAGCCCCUGCAUCAUGGUGGUGAACCACGACGCCUCCUGCAUCCCCACCCUGGAGAUCAACUCCAAUGGCAAGAAGGACGUCCUCUUCUACGACCGCAUCCUGUGUGACGUGCCCUGCAGUGGGGAUGGCACCAUGAGGAAGAACAUAGACGUGUGGAAGAAAUGGACGACCAGCAACAGCCUGCAUCUCCACGGGCUCCAGCUGCGUAUCGCUGUGCGCGGUGUGGAACAGCUGGCUGUGGGAGGGAGGAUGGUCUACUCCACCUGUUCACUCAACCCCAUAGAGGACGAGGCUGUCAUAGCAGCACUGCUGGAGAAAAGUGAAGGAGCGUUGGAGCUGGCUGACUGCUCAGCUGACCUGCCGGGGCUGAAGUGGAUGCCUGGGGUCACUUCCUGGAAGCUGAUGACUAAAGAAGGCCAGUGGUACACGGACUGGUCCGAGGUCCCGAGCAGUCGUCAUACGCAGAUCCGACCCACCAUGUUCCCGCCAAAAGACCCAGAGAAACUGGCUAGCUUUCAUCUGGAGAGAUGUAUGAGGAUUCUGCCACAUCACCAGAACACUGGAGGUUUCUUUGUAGCUGUGCUGGUGAAGAAAGCCCCGAUGCCUUGGAACAAAAGAUAUCCCAAGCUGAGGAAAGACUCCAAGCUGUCGAGCUCAGCUGCCCACACCGGCUGCUCCAAGGAGGCUCCGUCACCAGGAGACACUCCACAUCUCCCCCCUGAAGGUUCCACUGAGAAGGUGGAGGGGAACAGCCAAGAGGAAAAAGUGGCCAAGGAGGCAGAUGAGACGCCCGAAGGAGCUUCUGUGGGUCAGGAUGCCGGUGCUAAACCAGAGGGGAUGUGUGGGCCUCCACCCUCAAAGAAGAUGCGGCUGUUUGGAUAUAAAGAAGACCCCUUUGUGUUCCUAAGUGACGAUGACCCCGUCUUCACCACCAUACAGUCUUUCUAUGAUCUGUCUCCCGACUUCCCCAAACUCAACGUCCUGACUCGGACCCAUGAGGGCAAGAAGAGGAACUUGUACAUGGUGUCCAAAGAGCUCCGUAAUGUCCUGCUCAAUAACAGCGAACGCAUGAAGGUCAUUAACACAGGGGUGAAGGUGUGGUCUCGCAACAGCGAAGGAGAGGAGUUUGGCUGUGCCUUUAGACUGGCUCAGGAGGGUAUUUACACUCUGCAGCCAUAUAUACGCUCCAGGAUCAUUAGGGUGAGUGUGGAGGACAUCAAAGUGCUGCUGACCCAGGAGAACCCCUACCUCAGCAAGCUGGAGGAUGAAGCGCAUGCACAGGCCCAGAAAAUUGGAAUGGGAAGCAUUGUGCUGAAGUACAUCCCAAACCCAAAUAACCCGGGGGAACCUCAGUGUCCCAUCCAGCUGUGUGGCUGGAGGGGAAAGACGUCCAUCCGAGCAUUCGUCCCCCGCAACGAGAGGUUUCAUUACCUCCGAAUGUUAGGUGUGGAGGUCUUCAGAGACAAACAGGGCCUCGGGCAGAAACGGAGUGAUGGAGAAAAGGACGGAAAGGAGGAAGCGGAGGAUGCGGCAGAGAAGGACGAAGAGCAGGAAGAGGAAAGAGCAGCAGACAAAGAGACGGAGCUGGAUUUGGAGAACGGCAAUGAAAAUGGAUCAUCAGAAUCAAAGACCGACUGUGGUGACAAAGAGACCAGUAGCUGAGAAUGUGAAGGCGAUUGUAAUGAGAAAGGACUGACUGACGUAUCGGAGCUUUAAGAGCUGUUGACCAGGUCCACAACCACACGCCGUGGUACAGGAGGGUAACGCACCGCUACGGGUUCCUCUGCUCACCACACUGCCAGUGCACAAGGAUUCCCUCCCAGAGAUGCACUCCCGUGGGAUUUUUCAUUUAUUGGAGCCUCUCUAGAAGUCAGCAUUUCAGUUAAAUGGCUUAUAUUAUUUUACAAACUUUUUUAUUUUUUUUGCAUUUUAACAAAUAUAUUCCACCAAUAAGUGGAACAGAUCCAUCAGAUUUCAUUCAAUUGCUCACAUUUCAGGAGGUUUCUAUUAAUUGCUGUUUUAUUUUUUACACCUGUAAUUAAGCAGAAGUACAAAGCUGAUUAAAUGCUUAAAAGGUU